AUGACACUCGAAAUCCACGUCGCCCAGGGCCACUGCCCAGACACACGCUGGUCCCUAAUCCUCCGCGAGGCGACAGAAUCCACAUGCACAAUCUACACCACCGAGCUGGAAACAACCACCAAGAUCCCCCGCUACGACCACGAGGUCCACGAAGACGUCCCAUUCCCACCAGCCCAUCUAAGCCUGACACUCGUCGCAACAAUCCCAGAAGACAAAUUCCUCAAGUUCGAGACGGGCUGUGUCUUUGGGACAUGGCCUGGUCCGUCGCAGCACUAUGUUGUACGUGUGCUGUAUCAGAUGCUGGGGCGGGAGUACGUGAAGAUGGCGCAGAGUUGUGUGGAGGAUUUUAGGUAUUUGGCUGACUAUGAGGAGGGAGAGGAGAAUGUUAGGGAUGGGUAUUAUGUCGAGAAGGAUAGGGAGUUUUAUGAGCAGGCGGAUCAGUGUUCGACCUGA